CAUCCUGGCUAGUCCAUAUUAUGUGUCUAUGGAUUACGCGAGGUUAGAAAUCAGAAAGCACGUAUUGAAUCAAAGGAAAAAUUCUAUUAUUUUGUGUCAGAAUUCGGAAUCCCUAGUCCAGUUCAAACAAUUAACAUGAGUUUAAAAGAAUUGCCAAAACAUUUUGUGAGUUUGGUACUGAAUUCUCCAAAGGAAUACCAAAGUCAACUGUUCAAAAUGGCCCUUCUAGCCCAUAAGCCAACUGAUCAAGAUCAUUCCGAACUUAUCAAGAACUUUUCUAAAGAAACCGAUAUGCCAAAAGAACAAAUAUAUAAUAUUCUUGGAGUAUACAUUGCUCUCAUAAAGUUGUUUUUAGAAAUUAAUGAAAGUGAUUUCAAUCAAAAACUUUUGGAAUUUGGUUUCACAACUGAUUUUUUACAAAAGUUACCCUUCUUCAAAAACCCAAAUGGAAUUAUUGAUAAUUUAAUGGAUAACCAUACAGAUUUUGGAAAGAUGUCCCUUUUCAAGUGGAGAAUUGAUAUCAGUUUGAGUAAUAGUACUUUGGUCAAAAAGGUGCCAAUGAAUCUGUUGGUGUCUCUUACCAUGAAGAAUGGAAAAAAUUUGAAAAUCAAAAUAGAAGCUAAGGAGUUUCAUAGGCUGAGAUUUAAUAUAGCUUUAAUUUUGAAAGAAUUGAAUUCACUCAGGUUGAGUAAAUGAAUGUUAUGUUAUAUACAGUUUUCAACUUUAUGUUUUAGCUAUCCUUUUCAGGAACAAAUAUUAGACACAUGGUUUACUGAA